AACCAAAGGCCUGAGGCCACGAAGAGAGAAAUUUGGGAGAGGGAUAGAGAGAGAGAGAAAGAGUUCGGAAGAGAGACUGGUGGUGGGGCUCUCAGAGAGAGAGAGAGAGAGAGAGAAACUGACGAGAAGAGUAUUAGGAAGAAGAGAGAAAACAUACGAGAGAAAGAGAGAGAAAACUUCAUAUUCAACUCUACUCUAUUCUAUUAAUUUCUCACAUUUUCCCCCAUUUUUCUCUUCUUCUUGUGAUUUCUUUCCACGUUUUUUCCAUAAUUUUUGUUCCUUAUGAGCCGUUUAGGGUUCAAAUCCGUCGUGUUUCACGGCGACGUCCGUCUUGGGGAACUUGACGCUAUUCCGGCCACCGACCAGAAUUUUCAGUUUCCGAACAACGAAAUUAGAAUCCACCGUAUAUCGCCGCCUAGUGAGAGAUGUCCUCCUCUUUCAGUUCUUCAAACAAUUUCUUCAUUUUCUCUCAGGUGUAAGCUACAAUCUUCCCUGCCUGUUGAACAACCGCACUUGAUCCAGCUUCACUACUCUUGUUUCCACGAAUUGAAGACCGCAAUUGUCUUGGUUGGAGAUGAAGAAAUUCACCUUGUUGCAAUGCCGAGCAAGCAGAAGAACUUUCCGUGUUUUUGGUGUUUUGCGGUGCCUUGUGGCUUAUAUCUAUCCUGUUUAGGAAUGCUAAAUCUCAGGUGUCUUGCUAUUGUUUUUGAUCUAGACGAGACACUUAUUGUGGCGAACACUAUGAAAUCUUUUGAAGAUAGAAUUGAAGCUCUUCGAAUUUGGAUUGCGCGAGAGGCAGAUCCAUUGCGUAUAUCUGGAAUGUCUGCAGAACUCAAACGAUAUAUGGAUGAUCGGUCGCUGUUGAAACAGUAUAUUGAACACGAUACAGUAAAUGACAAUGGAAGGAUUUUGAAGGUCCAACUGGAGGAGGUUCCUCCACUAAAUGGCAACUGCGAGAAAGUAGUUCGUCCUAUAAUUAGAUUGCUGGACAAGAAUAUUGUUCUUACUCGCAUCAAUCCAGAGAUUCGCGAUACCAGUGUUCUUGUUAGGUUACGUCCUGCAUGGGAAGACUUAAGGAGCUAUUUAACUGCUAGGGGUCGCAAGCGAUUUGAAGUUUAUGUAUGUACCAUGGCUGAAAGAGAUUAUGCAUUAGAAAUGUGGAGGCUUCUUGAUCCAGAAUCACACCUGAUUGCAACAAAGCAGCUUCUUGAUCGUGUUGUUUGUGUCAAAUCAGGUUCUAAGAAAUCUUUGCUGAAUGUCUUUCAAUCUGGUUCAUGUCAUCCAAAGAUGGCCAUGGUUAUUGAUGACCGUUCGAAGGUUUGGGAAGACAAAGACCAACCGCGUGUUCAUGUAGUUCCAGCAUUUACUCCUUACUAUGCUCCUCAAGCAGAGACAGCAAAUGCAGUCCCUGUCCUCUGUGUGGCAAGGAAUGUUGCAUGCAAUGUCAGGGGUUGUUAUUUCAAAGAAUUUGAUGAGAGUUUGUUGCGACGGAUUCUGGAAAUUUCUUAUGAAGACGAUGUGGUUGAUCUACCUCCUGCUCCUGAUGUGAGCAGCUAUAUGAUGUCAGAGGAAGCUGGUUUUGUACCCAAUGAGACUGUGAAUGCUCCAAUUGGUGAAGGAAUGAAUGGUGUUGAAGUGGAAAGGAGACUGAAUCAACCGGAUGAUAAGCACGUAAUAGAUAUGGCCAAUAAUCCUACUACAAGCCAAACGGAUGCAAGAGCAGAUACUUCUCAAUUACCGACUCCUCUAAAUUUGAAUAUCACUGGACCAAAAUCUUCAAGAACUUUACUGCCUUCUCAAAAGCCUGGUUUGCUUGGGGCUCCUGUCAGACGAGACAUCUCUUCUGAUCAUGACAUGAAGAGAGGACUCCUUGCCAUGAAACCCAGUAUAGAUCUCAGGACUCAGACCUUUGGUGAUCCCCCUAUUCUCUCCAGAAUGCCCCCACAAAUAUCAGCAUCUGGACUACAGGUGCUAGGAACUUCAUUAGUGGAUGAGGACUCCAGUCAAGGACAUCAAAAUCGUCGAUCUUCAGGACUUAUUCCAGAAUCCGAUGCUUCAAAAUCUGAUAAACAUCGUUCUAAUCAGAACCUUUUUAGCAACAAUUCACAAGCUUUGACAGGAGUUGCUGCUAUAUCUCAAAAUCAUGCAUCUAACAAUAGCAAAGAACAUCAAACUGAAGCAGGGAUCGUUUCUAUACCUCCGCCCUCUUUAUACAUUGGAGUUCUACAAGAAAUUGGUCGUAGAUGUAGUUCAAAGGUUGAGUUUAAAACUGUUGUCAGUACUAGCAAGGAUUUGCAAUUUUCAGUUGAGGUUUUGUUUACUGGUGAGAAGAUUGGUGUUGGAUUGGGUAAGACAAGAAAAGACGCUCAACAACAAGCUGCUGAGAAUGCGCUUCACAAUUUGGCAGAUAAGUAUGCUGCACAUAUCAAGCCUCUUAUGGGACCCAUGGAUGCAGAUCUCGACAAGCUUUCUAUUGGAGUUGAAAAUGGAUUCCUAUGGGACACAGCUACUCCAGCGGUUAACGAGUUGCCGAAGGAAGAAGAUGUUUGGCAUAAAGAAAACAGCCCCGAGGGUUGUGAUGAACCCGAGAGUACUAAUUCUGAUUCGACAAAUCAUCAGCAGCCGCAGCAUGUUCCGAAGCGGCAGAGUUCCCCGAGACCAUUUCCAAGUAAACGAUCAAAGGAAGAUCAACCACAUGGUCCCCAACAAUAUCAUCAUCUUCCACCUUCACGCCAACAAAAGAAUGGCCAUUCCAAUUCCAUUACUUGAGGAGCAACAAUCAACCAAUCAACCAAUCAAUAAAUAUCCCAUCCCAUCCCACCGAGAAAAAUGUUAAAAUUUUGUAACCCAGCCCUUCAACUAGGCCUCAUUUCACGGAACAAAAAAGCUUCUUCUUGCCUCCCUACCUAAGGGCCUUGAGGUGAAGAACAAAAACCCUCUUCCUUUAUUCUUUUCCUUUUUCUUCUUUCUCCUUGAGAAAUAUGGGCUGUAAAUUUUUUGUUCAUUUUUUUUCCUUCCCAUUUUGGGCCUCCUCAGUCCUAUUUCUUACUGGCUUCCCUUAAAAUCACUAUGUUGGCCGUUAGUGUGGCUGGCUGUACCCUUCUUUCUUAGACAUACUACAGUUUCAAUCAUUGUCUCAUUACUCUAGUGAUGAAAAUUAGUCUUUUUACCCUUUGUUUCUC